UCGAGUAGCAGCAGAAAUCAGCCAAAACACAGACAGGUCGCUUACCACAUCUCAUGCUUUAUUCUUCUGGCAACAGCGUUAUUUGCUAAUCAGAAGAUCACUUAAAUGAGCAACAGAAAUGAUCAAAAUAAUCAUGGGUUUUGCACACAUGCAGUACUCAUGAAAAAUGCGAAGAAUAAAGCCCCGGCUAAGGUGCAGAUCACAGCUGAGCAGCUUCUACAUGAAGCCAAGGAACGAGAACUUGAGAUUCUUCCCCCUCCACCGAAACAGAAGAUCACUGAUGAGGAGGAGUUAAAUGAUUACAAAUUACGAAAACGCAAGGGAUUUGAAGACAAUAUCAGGAAGAACCGGACUGUCAUCCGCAACUGGAUCAAGUACGCACAAUGGGAGGAGAAUCUGAAGGAACUACAUUGGAAACCCUAAUAAGUUCAAUGAACUCAACCUAUUGAGUAAACUCAUUCCCUCAAUUGAAUUGAGUAAUGGGUUUUCCAAAACUUCACUUAACUUGGUGCUUAUGAAGACUGUACUUAAAUUGUUAAGUUAAUCUAACUUGGUGUUUUAUAAUUUGCACUUACACUAUUAAGUUCACUUGCUUACAUAUUUAAUUCAACUUGAAUUUGCAAAUGAUUAUAAAUUGAAUUGACUAAUAUCAUUGUUCUUUUGACUGUUAAAGCUUUAUUCAGUCCAAAAAACACAUUGAACAUUGUGCAAAAUUGUUUAAACAUUAAAACAUUUAAAUUUCAAUAAAUGAAACAGAACUGGUCAC